AUGGGUUGGUGUUGGAAACAUCGGAAGCCACUGCUCUUGUUAUUCUCAGUAAUAUCGAUUGCCGUACUGAUGAUUUCAGAACGCCAUGUGAAUGGAUUAUUGACACGCAUAUCUCCAUUGAUAUUAAUGAAUGAGUACGGGAAACACCACGGUAACGCACAGCAUGGAGAAGAGUAUAGAAAAGCUAAUGUGGAUUUAACUCAUACGCCAAUGACUACGACACUAAAGUAUGAUGUUAACAAGACAACUAAAAUCAUAAAAGCUAUAGUUUUUGAACCAUCUACAGCUGCACCGUCCCAAGACAACAGUUCCACAAAUUCAAACGUAACUGCCGGCUAUCGGACCCAGAAUCAUACUGUACAGGACAAUAAUUUAACGCAUUUUGUGUUGAACAUUCAACGACAUGGUAUUGGAGGACAAAACAGUCAGUAUACAGGUACGGAGAAAGUGAUAGUUAUGGCUCUAUUGUCAAAUCGUACACUGGUGAUGACACCGUUUUUUCUUCAUGGAGGACAUGUUCGUGGAUACAGCACUGAACACAUGAGACAAUUCAAUGACACAUUUGAUGUGGAAAUAUUGAACGAACUAUUACCAGUUUCUACCAUUGAUGAAUUCAAGAAACAAUGUAACACAAGCCAAAUGAAAAUAGUGGCGUGGGACACCACUGGAUACGAAUUAUCAAAUCGAGAUACAUUUACUUCAAAAUUAGAAAUGAAACUUCCAAAAUUAGAAGAAAUUAUUAACGUCGACUCAGUUAACAUUAGCAGAUUAGAAGACAUAGUCAAACACGCGCCGUGUCUCGGUGUGUAUCAGUCCCGGACAGCACAACUACAAAUACGUAACUUGGAAGAGUUACUCACAGAGGUUAGAACUCAUCUGAAAAGGUCUGCUGUUAUAAGAAAUAUCACUGACACUCUUUUGACUGGUUUUUGUGUUGGCAAACCUUGCUUAGCAAUGCAUUGGCGUAACAAGUCGGCUGAAAUGCCGUGUUACUUUCAUCAUCGUAUGGACCAAUGUGCAAAUAUACAAUCAGAAUUAUCGAAAGUCACGCCCAACGUGACUAAAGCAGUAGUUAACCUGAUGAAGAAGGAGAAACUGGAGUGUCUCUAUGUUGCUUGUCCCCAAUGGUCAAUGGCCAUAAUCGAUAAUCUAUCGGAUGUAAUACCACGAGAGAAGAUUUACACAUGGAAAGAUCUACCGAAUUACAAUAACAAUGAUAUGUUGAGAGACUAUUACUUCUCGGCAUUGGUGGAGCAAGAGAUAUGUUACAGGUCCAAAAUAUUUAUAGCCGCUGGAAUAUCAAAUUGGUCGAAUUUCGUAAAAAACGAAAGAGAUAUAGAAAACAAAACAACUCUGAAUAUAAAAGCACUACCCGGAAUUCCAGAAUAUAGUAUACGUGAGCUUUUGAAAUAA